ACAAUGUCUCGGAAAUUACAUCACAGUUAGAUCGAUACAGGUUAUUGAGUUAUGAUGCAGCAUUUUUGGGCCAGAUUGCAGUGGUACUGACCAUUUUAAUGGUGUGAAGUGUGAUUUAUGUGCUCAUAAUUUUGUUUUUAUCUGUUUUCUCAAGGAUUCAAGUCUGUAUAAAGAGAACCAGUCGGACUAUGCCUUGUUUCCUGUGAUUAACUUCCACUGUAAACACAUCCACCGUCAAACCUGCGAACAGGAUUGGAAAGGAGACCAGAGACAGAAGUGACAAUGUCUGGUAGGCGGCUUGCCCCGAUUCUGCAAAGAUGCCUCUCGACCGCUUUAGCAUCCGAAGUAACGUCAGCCCAGCCCUUCUGCAUACAUCAACAGAGACUGGUGCGAAAGACUCCAUGUUCGAACUCCAUGCAUUUACCACACAGAACGUUCACAAGAGCCUCCACACUAUGCAAAGCAAAGUCCACCGACCUACAGCAGAAGGCAGUUCUGCACCAGCUGGAGCUGCCAGAUUUUGGAAUAGACCUGAAAUUCAAGGGACUGGAAACGGACUUUCCCUGCCUGUCAAAAACACCUGAUUCUGGUCCAGAUCCUGCUUACGAAAAGAUAGUCUCGGGCUACCAGAACUUUCACUACAAUGAGCCUUAUGCCCUGAAAUACAAUGGCUGUGUGCUUCCGGAGCUGAAUAUUGCCUACGAGACUUGGGGAAAGCCUAACCGUGACAUGAGCAACGUGGUUCUAGUGUUCACCGGCCUGUCGAGUAGCUCUCAUGCCAGAAGUCACCCGUUAAAUACAGCCCCAGGAUGGUGGGAGAAGUUUAUUGGACCGGGGUGCGCCAUAGACACAGACAAAUACUUUGUUAUUUGUGGCAAUCAUAUAGGGGGCUGCUAUGGUACUACGGGACCUUCAUCAACCAAUCCCAUUACCGGACAGCCUUAUGGCACAACCUUUCCUAUUAUUAGCGUUGAGGAUAUGGUGAAAGUACAGUAUCUUCUCCUUGAUCACUUGGGGAUAGAGAAGGUCCAUGCUGUUGUAGGUGCUUCGCUCGGAGGUAUGUGUUCCAUCAUGGCUGGUGCUCUUUACCCUCAAAGAAUAGGACGGGUUAUUUCAAUAUCAGGCUGCGUUCAGACGUACACCAGUUCCAUCGCUCUACGCUUCCUCCAGAGAAGGGCGAUUAUGACCGAUCCAAACUGGCAGAGGGGACACUACUACGGCAGUUCAUACCCCAAGAUGGGGAUGAAGCUCGCAAGGGAGAUUGCUACCAUCACAUACCGGAGUGGACCCGAAUGGAAGAAGAGAUUCGGGAGGAAGUUGGUUGACCCCGCCGAACCCCCGUCGCUGUGCCCAUCCUUUGAAAUCGAGGAAUACAUCAUGCACCAGGGAGAAACGUUCAGUACCAAAUACGACCCCAACUCGCUACUCUAUAUCUCAAAGGCAAUGGACAUGUUUGACAUGGGGGAGGGGUUCAGCUCCCUUCAGGAAGGUGUAUCGAGGGUUCAAUGCCCCGUCAUGGUGCUCGGUGUGCAGACGGACAUCCUCAUACCUAUCUGGCAGCAGAGGGAGAUGGCUGAUCUCCUCAAGGCUUCAGGCAACGAGGCAGUGAGCUUCUACGAACUCAAUUCAAUAUUUGGGCAUGAUACGUUUCUCCUUGACCUCAGCAGCGUUGGCGGUGCUAUCAAGGGACAACUAGAGACUGAUUUGAAAGAAAAUGGCCUGGUGCGGAAGCCGCCCCCCAGCAAGACCGAGGAAUAGAAGAUCCAACCAGAUAUCGAGACAAAUGUUGGAUCAGCCAUUCAGAGACAUCGGUCAGAUGACCUCUUUUGCUCUCAACUGGAGAGUGCUCCAUCAACAUUCAUCAUCUGACAAGCAGGGGGCUCGCGGCCAUUCGCCCCCGAAGCGCUCAAAAAAGCCCUGGAAAAUGAUAAAAAAGAACCAUGGAUAAUCCCCUUUCACUGCAGUGUUAAAGCUCAUCGAAUGUUGCAAAUUCCAGUGCUUACAGUUUCUUGAGGAACUACUUCCUGCCGUCACCCAUUUACCUCGCCCGUGUUGAGUGCAGCACGCUAUGGAUGAAUUCCUCGCUGAAGGAAAUCACGCCUUGGCUGGGAUACAAACCCACGACCCUCUGUUUCAGGGUCCGAAGACUAAUCCACUGGGCCACAAACAGUCCACAGCAUUACAGAGUACCUUGAUUUGCUCACUUAUGAACAACAACUCGGCCUUUUAAAGUCAUCAGAAUUUGACAUCUCAUACAGGGACGGAUCCAGCAUUUUCCAAAAGGGGGGGCACAUUUUUCAGAGUAAAAUUUUGACAAGCCAAAAAAAAAAAGGUUUUCAACCACAAAUUAAGGAUAUUUCGUACCCGAAAAAAUUUGACAAGCAAAAAAAAAAAAAGGGUCUUCAAUUCAAAAAGAGGGGGAACACCUCUGUUUUAAUGUCAUUUUUACAUUACAAAGUUUUAAUUUUGCUUCUCAAAAGCGGGGGCACGUGCCCCCUCCCUGGAUCCGCGCCUGAUCUCGUACGAAACUCAUCACAGAAGAAGGACACAGAGAACCUCUUUACCCAGGCUGUCUAAUGCUCACAACUCCCCAUGUUUGCUGAAAUCAAUCGCAAUUUGUUUGACCAAGCACACGCAUCUAUUCAUGACCAACGGAAGAUGAUACCGGUCCGCAUUACACAAAGCUUUGCAAUUGAUUAUUCAGUCAAUUUGUAGAAUUUGUCAAUGAAAGUUAAUUGUAAAGUACUGCACUAACACAUUUGC